UUUCAGACUAUGUGUAGACACAGCCCACUGUUGCCCUGGAGCUUCUCACUCUUGAAGGAUACCCCCUAAUUGAUAACUAUAUCCCAGUACGCUUUCCAAAGCUUUACCCUCCCUUCUCGCUGUGUGUUUCAACCUAUGGCUGUGGUAGCCAGUAAAACAAGCUCUCAGGUUCUCUAAUGAUCUUGCUUCACCAUGGCUACAAAUAUGGAGGGGCUGGUUCAGCACAAAGUGGGGACCCAGCAGGUGGCUGAGGUACCACGUACACAGACUUCUCGGCCGGAAUCUCCAGGGAUGACCAGCCCCUCCCCACGCAUCCAGAUAAUCUCCACUGAUUCUGCAGUAGCCUCACCUCAGCGCAUUCAGAUCGUGACAGACCAGCAGACAGGACAGAAGAUCCAGAUAGUCACCGCAGUGGACGCCUCCGGAUCCCCCAAGCAGCAGUUCAUCCUGACCAGCCCAGAUGGCGCUGGAACUGGGAAGGUGAUCCUGGCUUCCCCGGAGACCUCCAGUGCCAAGCAGCUCAUAUUCACCACCUCGGACAACCUCGUCCCUGGCAGGAUCCAAAUCGUCACGGACUCUGCUUCUGUGGAGCGUCUGCUGGGGAAGACCGAUGUCCAGCGGCCCCAGGUGGUAGAGUACUGUGUGGUGUGUGGCGACAAAGCCUCAGGACGUCACUAUGGGGCUGUCAGUUGUGAAGGUUGCAAAGGUUUCUUCAAAAGGAGCGUAAGGAAAAAUUUGACCUACAGCUGCCGGAGCAACCAAGACUGCAUCAUCAAUAAACACCACCGGAACCGCUGUCAGUUUUGCCGGCUGAAAAAAUGCUUAGAGAUGGGCAUGAAGAUGGAAUCUGUGCAGAGUGAACGGAAGCCCUUUGAUGUGCAGCGAGAGAAACCAAGCAAUUGUGCUGCUUCAACUGAGAAAAUCUAUAUCCGGAAGGACCUGAGAAGUCCUCUGAUAGCCACGCCAACAUUUGUGGCAGAUAAAGAUGGAGCAAGACAAACAGGUCUUCUUGAUCCAGGGAUGCUUGUGAACAUCCAGCAGCCUUUGAUACGUGAGGAUGGUACGGUUCUCCUGGCCGCGGAUUCCAAGGCUGAAACAAGCCAGGGAGCCCUGGGCACACUGGCAAAUGUAGUCACUUCCCUUGCCAACCUAAGUGAAUCCCUUAACAACGGUGACACUUCAGAAAUGCAGCCGGAGGACCAGUCUGCAAGUGAGAUUACUCGGGCAUUCGAUACCUUAGCUAAAGCACUUACCACCACAGACAGCUCCUCACCUCCAAGCCUGGCGGACGGGAUAGACGGCAGCGGAGGGGGGAGCAUCCACGUCAUCAGCAGAGACCAGUCCACACCCAUCAUUGAGGUCGAAGGCCCCCUCCUUUCAGACACUCACGUCACAUUUAAGCUCACGAUGCCCAGCCCGAUGCCCGAGUACCUCAAUGUGCACUACAUCUGCGAGUCCGCGUCCCGCCUGCUCUUCCUCUCCAUGCACUGGGCCAGGUCCAUCCCGGCCUUUCAGGCACUUGGGCAGGACUGCAACACCAGCCUGGUGCGGGCCUGCUGGAACGAGCUCUUCACCCUCGGCCUGGCCCAGUGCGCCCAGGUCAUGAGCCUCUCCACCAUCCUGGCCGCCAUCGUCAACCACCUGCAGAACAGCAUCCAGGAAGAUAAACUUUCUGGCGACCGGAUAAAGCAAGUGAUGGAGCACAUCUGGAAGCUGCAGGAGUUCUGUAACAGCAUGGCAAGGCUGGAUGUGGACGGCUAUGAGUAUGCGUACCUUAAAGCCAUAGUUCUCUUCAGCCCCGAUCACCCAGGUUUGACCAGCACAAGCCAGAUUGAAAAAUUCCAAGAAAAGGCACAGAUGGAGUUGCAGGACUACGUUCAGAAAACCUACUCAGAAGACACUUACCGGUUGGCCCGGAUUCUCGUCCGCCUGCCAGCACUCAGGCUGAUGAGCUCAAACAUAACAGAAGAACUUUUUUUUACUGGUCUCAUCGGCAAUGUUUCAAUAGACAGCAUAAUCCCCUACAUCCUCAAGAUGGAGACAGCAGAGUACAAUGGCCAGAUCACCGGAGCCAGCCUAUAGCGCACACCUCACACCUGCCGAGGAGCACAGGAUCCGCCCAGGACCGCUCAGAUACAAAGAAAAAUAAAGUAGUGGUAUUUUGGUAUGUGCAAAUAUUUCCAGUAUGUUAGCUAUUUCCUACCUGGUUUCUUAUCUGUUCAUCCCAGACAGUAGCAACUAAAAGACUAGUAGGAUCCUCUCCUGCCGUAAGAAAUGCUUUAAUGCCUUUUGAUGAAGCAGCAGAUUUUGGAACAAUCUUUUAACUCAAUUUGUAUUUAGAGAUUCUCAAAGGGCAAAAAAAAAGCAAAGUUUUAUAAUGUCAGAGACUAGUAUUAAAACUAAAAGAACCUAAGAAACAGUACACGUGUAUAUAUUAAAAAUGUCCUUGGAAUUAAUAGCUACUAAUUACCAGGGUAAUAAUAUUAGCACUUUCUAAGCACUUCUUAUCAAUGUGUGAUGUUAGCAACAUCUUGCCUGUGUGCAGGGCAAAUGGAAAACUGUUAUCUUUUGCCGAAAUGCUAAUGAUUUCUGUGAAAAUGCAAUAGGGUUACAGGAGACAAUCACUUAUGUUUAAGGAAGGCAGGCAUCUUUCCUAGCUGUACGCACAUGUUGCUGGUGUCAAGCUAAAUUCCCAGGAAUUAAUGAAGAGAAAGCUUAUCUGUACGUGCGGUCAGGGGGAGUGUGGUGGCACAAUCGUUGUGACCCGAACUCGAAGCUUCCUCAGCCAGAGCUGAUGCGUGUCGGGUUCCCUGACCGCUGGUCCUGGUGCGUGACGGGCACCUGCAGGUUACUCUGAACUCGGGGCUCUCCUGGUGACGGGUUCUCAGAAUUGGAUGAAACCAGUCAGACGUCAACUGCCAAUUCCUGCAGCAACGGAAAACAUCCCCGAAUCACCGCCACCACUCACGGCAGAUGGAGUGUUCUGACCAAAAAGUGCAAGGUGGGCGUUCCGAACCCUUGACGAGACCUCCUGACUACCCUGUGGGGUGGCUGCAUGUUUUUUAGGUGGAGGAGUGUGAGGGCUCCCUUCUCAGCAGUUUCCAUCCCAAAUGCCCCUUGAGAAGGGCCUGUCUUCCUGCACUUCAGUCAGAACUGGGAGGUGGGCUGUGGUGCGGGCCUCGCCGCCUGGCCAGGCGCAGCUGUGGGGGAGCCGCGCGGCAUGUUUCUCAGUGUCUCCAGGCGCAGCACCUCUGUCAGAAGGUCUCUCAAUGGUCCUGACACACCACACACUUGGGUGGCCCCAGGUCGUGCCAGCAGACAACCCCUUGGAACGUUUUAGAUGAUGCAGAAGCACGCUGCCUGCUCCUUAAAAACAACCUUUAAUCCCCAGAGUUAUCUCCUUUCUCCUUGUGAUAGUGACCAUCGUUUACCAGAACAGAAUGCGGUUAUUGGAAGUUUAUCUAAAGAAAAGUGCCCAUAAACCUCCUGGUUGUGAAUAAGCAGCACCCAUCUCCCUUUGGGAAAAGUGGCAAGGCUGCGUCAGGUACCUGUACUUUCUUUCUGUGUAGCCCAGAUUAAGAAAAUACAGUGUGAGGCUCAAUUUGUAUUUCUUGAACCUUUUGAUCAGAUGAUAUCCCAAAAGACCCCAGGUCACUCACUCCCCUGCCUCCAGGCAUCCUGCUCUAUCUUGAUGUGCAGCACGGCGGUGUAAAGCUGAGGAGAGCAAGGUGGGUGCCUCGCGUGCUGCGUGUGGGUGCUGGGCCACCACCAUGGGCUCAUGGGCGUAACGGGGCAGGUUGUCGGCAGCACUUAUGGAAGUCAUUAGUGGGAAUUAAGUGGGAACAGUGUCUCCAACUUGGGAAUUCCUAUUUGGGUCUGAUUAUAUCAUUUAUAUUCAUGCCUUGGGAGCAAAUUUUGGAGAAUAGUGGAGGUACCCGUUAUAAAAUGAUGGAAAGGAUUUAAUUUUGCCGGCUUAAAUUUUUGGUUUUCUAACUUUGAAGUGAUUUAAGUUUCAAAAUAAAGACAAAAAGUUGGCCAAGAGGAUGGCUGAGGUAGGUCUGUUUCAUUUCUGCUUGUGAAGGAUUUUCACAGAGGGCAUUUUGAAGCAUGUGUAUGCAUCUUAACGAGUUGCCUAUUUUUCUGUUCUUUUGAUUUUUUUAUGUAAGCAUUUCUUUUGAUCCUGUAGCAGCUCCCUGGGAACAUGUAUUUUCACAUUGUUCAGGUCUGAGUUCUCAGUGAUGGUGAAAAGGUCUGCACUGGCCACAUCCCCAGGGCCCUCAGCGUCCUGUGUCUAUGAGGCUUUUACACUCAGGUUGCCUUAAGGUAUUAGGGCAGCUUAGCCAAGACCUAGACUGAGGUCCUGUUGAGACACGUUGCAAAUAGAAGGUGGUACACCCCGGGGAGAGAGUAGACGCUUGGAUAAGCAUGUGCCCCACUCCAGCAGGACAGCCUGGUAGAAAAGCUGGUUCUAACCCCGAGUCCCUUCACUGCUGAUGGCUUAUUCUGGUGGACCAUUCUGGGCUUUGAACACUCCUCAUUAAUCUCCUAGAUCCCCUUGGCCUUACUUUGAAGUGGCCUUUUCCUUAAAAAUCAGCUCCACAGAACCUGAAUUCUUGCCACGCCAAAGCACCUCAAACCUUUGACAGCAGGUCCAUUCCCUCUCAUCAGAUUGGUUAAGAGAAGCCCAAAGUCAAGAAUUAAAGAGACUGCAAGCAGAUAUCUGGGCUCAACUUUCACCAGGCUUUUAACCCUUGUUAGUAGUUUGUGACAUUCUCAUUUAGUGACGUGAGACCAGCCCUCUGCAUCUAAGUGAAGAAGGCCAGGAUCACGAUUCUUUGCCACAAGCCCAUUUACACGCUGCCUUCUGCUGGCCCAGCUACCCCCUGCUGGCCCAGCUACCCCUCCCUCGGUGAGAAGAGGUACCUAAGGGAGGUGGGGAUAGACGUACACCGUCACUUGAUGAAGUGGGCACUUUUCCAUUGGUAUUUCAGAUAAUGUUGAACGGUUAUGUUGCAGUUUGUGGAGUUCAUUACAUAUAAUCAUAAAACAGGACAGGAAGAGACGUAGAAAAAGACCAAAUUGCUCAAGCAAAUAUUUUCCAAGUUAUUCCUAGAAAGUAUUUUUAAGGAAGUAUGUUACCACCCUUCUGAUUUUUAUGUGUGUGUUGGGGGAGGGGGGCGGGGAGAGGUACAUUAUUUAUUGUCUAACCUGUGCCAUGGGGCUGUGGUCAGGGUUCUUUUGUUGUUCGGGUUUUUAUAUUUAAUUUCAGGUGUAGUCACUUGUAAGAUGUUAUGUUAUUGCCCUCAAGAGGGAUCGUUUUCUAGCCUGUCAGUGUCAGUAUUAAAUGCAGACUCUGUCCUGAGGUGGGGGCAAUGGACACGGCUCCCGUCAGGCUCCCGGAUCCGUGUGGCGGCAGCACCCUCGCUGGGGUACAGCGUUGUAGCCACAUCGCAUACAGCUGUCUGGCUUGUCUGGGGGUAGCCACAGCAAGGAGCCAGGAACUAGAAGGGUUCUUGCUGUCUCGCGUGCGUUUAGCUGAUCCUCUGGGGGAAUACCCAGCAGCGCAGUCUUGCUCCCAGCCCACCGUCUGCCUAACAGGCAGCCUUUGGCUGGGGAUCCACGUUCCAGGGCCUGGAAGCAAGAUGCCCACUUUCCAGUGGAAGUGGCCUUAUGUGCAAUGGAGCUCUUCUGAGUCCAGGUCAUGACAGGUGCCAUCUUCUGAUGCUCACCUUUAUUUUGGAGGAGGGUGCCCUUCCAAGCCUGGUAAGGCCAGAGAAGGCAGGGCACAUUCCCACAUCCUUCACCAUCCCACUUCCUUUCUCCACAGAUAGUGCGGCUCUUUGAAAAUGUCUUAACUUUGAUGUAAACUUGAAAAGCCAGCCCCUCAUCACGACAGAGUGGGAUAAGUCUUUUGUACACAGGGUCCUGGGCCUCCUCACCUGUGCCUCCCACCAGCGGGCACAUCUUUGUGUCCGGCCCUGGGGUCCCUUGGGCGGCAUUGUGCGUGUACAGAUGUAUAGGCUGUAUGACGGACUGAAUGUACAUGUGUUUAUACCUUCUCUAGCUGUACAGUGUAUAUAGUGUAUGUGUACAUAGAUGUAUAUUAUAUAUACAGACAUGUAGCCACGUAUAUCCAGACGUCACUUAUGUUUUACAGAGAAUCUAUGAUAGAGUUGCUACCGUAAAUUGAUGUGGGUAUUCCGUGGUCCCUCAGCAGGAUGGAUUUGCUGAGAUUUUCUUAACUCCAUUUUCCUUUGGGUAAGCCUGGCUGGAAACGGCAGUGAGGUCAGAAUCUCCACUCUGCCCCAGGGCAAGUUCCAGACAGGAAGGCCCUGGCAGGAUAAUGCUGCUCUUUAUUCUCUAGGUUCAGACAAGGGCCAGGAAGCUGGAAGACAGUUUAUCCUAAUGUCCGAAACUAGGUGGGCACCUUUAACCUAGUUGUUACACACCUGUUUAUGGCCUGCCUGGAAAGAACGUGGUAGGUAGUGCCACUGGCCUUCCAGAUUCUCUCAGAGAUUCAAGACUCUGGUCAGCACUGUGCGGCCUGCCUCCCAGGGUGGUGGAAACAGCCCACACUUGCUCUGGACUCAGCCGAUGGUGAGCUGUGACCGUCUCUCGACCACAGUUGAAAAACAAGUAUUCUUUAAAAACAAGCAUGAAUGUUGAUGGCCAAGUUUUAUGGCAUAUAAAUUACAAAUCAAAUUAUUUCUGUAACUGUAGCAUGUGAAUGAAAUCCACUCAUCUUAUUCUUUAUAAAUUAUGAUUCUAAAAAUGUAGACGUCACAUAAAAAUUGCAUUUUAGUACAGAUGUAUACCCUUAAAGCUACAGGUGCCAAAUUUUCCUUGUCCAGAUCUAUUCCGAUAAGUUUUCCCCGUUCAUCAGGCUUUAAACUGAGAUAUAGCACUUGGGAGCCGGGAGCCAGGGCCCAGCCCAGCAAGUUGCUCACGCCCCUGCUAAGCAGGGGUUGGGAAGGUUGAAAGCCGGCCUGCUGAAAGAAAUCACUGGAUAACUGCAAAAACUCACAUGAUCCACAGGUAACUUUUUUUUUUAAUAAGCUUAUUGAAACGUUUGAAAAUGCUUCGUUGAGACCACAGUACGCGGUGCCUUUGUGAGAUGGCGGGUCAAUUAGCCUUCAGCUUCCCCUAGCUUCGAUAUGACUUCACUGGCCUCAUCGCAUAGUGGUUGUUCGACCUUUCCUGUGUCCUUGCCUGUGGUGACAAUCACACUAUUGAAGAUAGCUCUCCAGUUAAAAUACAAGUGGAAGCUUGACAGUCUUUAAAUGAAUCUUUAAAAGUUUUCCUUUGGGGCUAUUUACCUUAACUGUCAUCUAAGAACUGUGACUUAAAAAAAAAAAAGGAUCUUGGGGGUGAGGACUGUCUGAGAGAUUUUUCAUGCCCAGCUAUGCUUUCGGUUAAGAAGCCAGUAAUAAUUUUGAAAUGCUCGGGGAAAAGGCUCAGCAGUAGUUACCGACUGACAGACUGUUAUAAAGCUUAACACUUGGAUAACAUUUGGAAAUAGUAGUCUUUACAUUAAAAAUGGCUUUACUUUAGGAAAGUAUAGUCAGGGAUCAUUUCAACAACCAGAGCGCUCAUGGACUCCAAUGCUGCUGCCUCACACAACUCAAGUGCUGGAGUAUUUUUCUACACUCUCCGUUCUCCCAAUUAUCUUGUAAACCAGUGUUCAACUAGUUUUAUAACUGAAAGCUGCACAUUUUUCAUAGUACAAACCAUAGUUUUUACCUGUAGUUUGGAGCUCUCUGUUAAAAUGUAGCUGCAUUACCAGCCCUUUUAAAAGAAGUGUGUUAAAGGAAAAUUUGGGUGUUAGAUUUUCUUGGGACCGUUUCUGUAACCUUUACCCUUCACAAUAUAGAAGAUAUUGUUUAUGCUGUCAUAUUUUAAUUCCAGGUUUAAAAUCUGUUGAAAGCUGUAGCUUGGAAUCAGCUUUGUUUAUGUGAUGGCAUUUAAAAAAUAGCAUGUUCUUUUUAAACUGAAUUUUAUAUCUAAUCAAUGUCUUCAGUCUCGAAGAAGAAUUUGCAUUGUUGUGUUUGUAUAUAGAGUAUUGCAGUGCAUGAAUUAGCUUUAUGCAUUUUAUUAAAUGCUGUUUCAAUGUGGCAUUAUUGUUGUGGCUUAAUACUACUACCUAAAUGAGGUUUAUACUAUUAAAGUGAAUUAAAAACUAA